GUUUCUAAUGAGCCGGCCUCGCGAGGUUCUCACAAUUUAUGCUAAUCAAGUCGAUGUCACUUCCGCCCCUUUUAUUUGCGCCAUUUUGGAUAGGGCAGUUUCUAGGCUGGAUGUGUAUUGUCUGUCAGAGAAGAGAAUGGGCAAAGCGUUAUAGGCUAACAGGCACUCGUAGGUAGAGUUAAAUGCGAUUUAUUUGAACGAGUAGUUGUUCCUCAAAAACAAGGCAUGUGCCCACCCUCACCACUCCAGGGAAUGGAGCUUUUAAUUGUCUAAUGAAGCUGCAAGGCUUUUCGCUCCCGUUGGCCGACCGGAGGGAAGAGGAUAGCCCUUGUCGGCGAGGGACAGUCGGGUUUGGAGGAUAGACUCGCGUUCGGUCGACUCGUUCUUCUGGCGAAGCAAGCUGUCACCUUAAAGGAUAUUGGCGGAGAUAUCCGAGCAAGUGAAAGUGUCUCUACAUCGCCUCAGCCAUCCUGAGGUGACACAUUUCACUGAGACGGGAGCGCUGGAUGUGAACGCAGGCAGGCAGAAUGUUCCAGCUCCCCGUCAAUAACCUGGGCAGUCUGCGGAAAGCAAGGAAAAAUGUCAAAAAGGUCCUCGGAGACAUUGGCCUGGAGUUCUGUAGAGAUCACCUAGAGGACUAUAAAGACUUCACUCCUCCUGAGGUGUAUAUAAAGCACACUAGCUGGGAGGAUGUCUGUAUGUGGGAACCAUCGCAUACCAAAGCCCAGGACUACCGCUCAAAACCUUUCUGCUGUUCUGGCUGCCUCUUCUCAUCCAAGUACUUCUCUGCGUACAAAAGCCAUUUCCGCAAUGUACACAGCGAGGACUUUGAAAACAAUAUUCUGCUCAACUGCCCCUACUGCACUUACAAUGGCAACAAAAAGACUCUGGAAACACACAUUAAACUUUUCCACAUGCCCAAUAACACUGUGCGGCAGGGCCCCGGUGGUAUGGCGGGAGCUGGUGGGAUCAUGAUGAAGGACGGGCUGCUGAAGAGAAGCGGGGACAGUGUGGAACAGGCGGUGUACUACUGCAAAAAGUGCACCUACAGGGACCCUUUGUACAAUGUAGUGCGAAAGCACAUCUAUCGGGAACACUUUCAGCAGGUGGCCCAGCCCUACAUUGUGAAACCAGGAGACAAGGCUAAUGCUCACAACGGUGGCACAGACGGUACUAACACGAACAACGUGAGCAGCAACCAGAUUCACUGCAAGAAGUGUCUGUUUGUUCCACGGACCUAUGAGGCACUAGUCCAACAUGUCAUUGAGGACCACGAGAGGAUUGGUUACCAGGUCACUGCAAUGAUUGGACACACCAGCGUGAUCGUCCCCCGUCCCAAACCCAUCAUCAUGAUGCCCCCAAAAACCCAAGGAGACAAAACCAUCAUUGGGAUGGGCCCUAAAGGUGCAGUAAUGGCUUCUACCAGGUCUCCUAGCUCACAGCAGCUGGGUCGACUUGUCAUGGCAUCAAAGACUGGUUUCAACUCUCAGAGUCUUCUGUCGGGAUUGAAACACGAUGCUAUAGGAUUAAAGGCUGGUACCACGCAGCCGUUCUCUAUUGGCAGCCAGCAAGUUCGAGUUACUUUGCCCGGUAACGCCCAAGUUUCUGUGCCACAGCAGUCACACGCAGCAAAGCAGCUUAUUUCUGGUGGCAGCCUACGGAGCCCAGUUAUGCUCGGUGCUUCUUCCUCACUCAAAUCAAACCCUCUUGGUUCACGUGUUCAAGCAGCAGCUACUACUGUAGCCUCUGUUACGGCUAAGAAAGGUGGCUCAUCUGUCCUUGGCACAUCCUAUACCCAGAAGUGGAAAAUCUGCACCAUCUGCAAUGAGCUCUUCCCGGAGAAUGUGUACAGUUCUCAUUUUGAGAAGGAACACAAAGCAGAGAAGGUGCCUGCUGUGGCCAACUACAUCAUGAAAAUUCACAAUUUCACCAGCAAGUGUCUCUACUGUAACCGCUAUCUCCCCAGUGACACAUUGUUAAACCACAUGUUGAUCCACGGUCUGUCUUGUCCACACUGCCGUGCAACCUUCAAUGACGUUGAGAAGAUGGUGGCCCACAUGCGGCUGUCACACCCAGAUGAGAGAGUUGGCCCACGCACAGACUCUCCUCUGACUUUUGACCUCACUUUGCAGCAGGGUAAUCCCAAAAACGUUCAGUUGAUUGUUACUACAUACAACAUGAGAGAUGCCCCUGAGGAGUCAGUGGCAUUUCAUGCUCAAAAUAGCUCCUCUGUAUCAUCAGCCUUGUCUGCCUCGCUAAUAUCAGGUAAGAGGUUAAUGCCUCAGCACCCACCCAAAACACCUUCAGGGGCUGCUGACAGUGUACCAGCAAAGAUUGCCCCACAGGCAUCUGUACCAUACAAGAGGGAUGUGGGCAAGACUUUAUGUCCUCUUUGCUUCUCUAUCCUUAAAGGCCCAAUCUCAGACUCACUGGCCCACCAUCUGAGAGAGAGGCAUCAGGUCAUACAAACAGUUCACCCAGUAGAAAAGAAACUGACUUACAAGUGUAUUCACUGCUUGGGAGUUUAUACAAGUAACAUGACUGCCUCCACCAUCACACUACAUUUGGUGCACUGUCGAGGUGUAGGGAAGUCCCAGAAUGGGCAAGAUAGCCGGGCAGCCCAUUCUUCUCGGGUCAGUCCGGCUCAGAGCAGUGCCCUCAAACGGGCCAGCUUUGAUAGCUCUGAGGCUAGUGCACCAAAACGAAGGAGGCCAGGACCGCCUGGGGAAAGGGCCCACCCCAGGGAUAUCAAUGGUCCGUCCGGAUUUGUAGAAAACCCGGAUGAACCUGUUGUCCUGGCACUUGACCCCAAAGGACACGAAAACCUGUCAUACGAAUCCAAGAAGGCAUUUCUAACGCAGUAUUUCAGUCGAGCACCAUAUCCUACACAAAGGGAGGUGGAGAAGCUGGCAGCCAGCCUGUGGCUGUGGAAGUCUGACAUCGCUAGCCACUUUGUCAACACAAGGAGGAAGUGCGUACAGGAAUGUGAAACCCAGGGCGCCAGCGUGUUGCUUGGGUUCAGUAUGCAUGAGCUCAGCAAAGUUAGCCACGAGCUGGCGUUCGGUCAGGAUGGCGUGUGCGAGGGCAGACGUGGCAAACGGCGGACAUCUAGGAUGCAUAUGGGACUAUCGGAGCAGGCUCUGCAGAGACACAGGGAGCUUAUAGCUGCUAAUGGUGGCAUAGCUCCACUACCAAAAAGAAAGCCAGCUGCGAAUGUGGAAGAUACUAAAGCAAAGCCAUCUGCCCCAAAUCCCAACAGUGCCAGCAAAGACCAACCCAAGACAAUCAACAGCACCUUACCACAGAAAAUGCCUCUAGACCUCUCCGAACCUAUAGCUAUCGACUCUGACAGUGAUGAGGAAGAGCAGCAGGAGGAUAACAAGGAAGCAGAGGGAGAGGUACAUCUCCAUGGUAACCAGCAGCUUACUGGAGCUAAGGAAAGAAUGGAGCCAAGGACAAGGGCCAAGAUUGUUUCAGAUCUAGAUGAUCUCUCAGACGACGACGAUGAUGACGACGAUGAGGAUGAGGAUGACGACGAUGAAGAUGAAGGGGUGCACGUCGAGAAUGGUUUUGGACCCACAGAGGGCUCAGGAAGACAGAGUGCUAAAGCAAGAGACACUCUACCCAUCAUCAUUCCCAAGUUUGUCCCAUCAUCAGCAAGAAGCAGGAGAGACGCAGCCCAGCUGGGCAAGCAGCAGGUGUGACUGAUAAAAAAUCAAAAGACUCGCACACUCAAGAGAGGCACUUAAGAUUUGAUCGCCUCGCCUGAACUGAAGGACACUGCACAGCAACACUAGGCAUCUGUGAAGGAGGGAGCGACGAGGGAACUCGAACACAAGCCAUCCAAUGACUUCUAAGGGCAGCAGCUAGGACUCAUGUAAAGAUUUGUGAACAAAGUUUAAAUGUUGUUUUUUUUGUUUUGUUUUUCCCCCCAGAGCAGGGGAGGGAAGGUGUAAAGAUACUGAUGUUACACCAAACAAAGUUUUUUGCCUUCUAUAUACUUUAGUACAUUGGGGUGGAGUCCUAACGGUGAUGUAGCCAUUGAGCUUGGCUUAAAAUACUGAGAUGUUUUGAGGUCAGGCUUUGAAGCUGACUAACUAAUCCAUCAUUUUUCAUGUAGUUCUCCUCAGAUAGGUAGUGUAAAUUUGUACAGUCUUUUAGACAUGUUUGGACACAUGAUGCUGUACAUGUACUCUUAAAUAUUUGCUAUUACCUGUGUGUAAGGUAGCCUCAUAUGUUCUACAUUGGUAUGCUUAACAUACAAUAGGUGUUGCUUUGGUGGCUGGUAUUUUCUGGUAUGUUUAUUUUUUAACCAAAACUAGUUUCUUUGCAAAAUAAUAUAUCUAUAAAUAAACGAACAGUUUUUUUUUGUUUGGAUUUUAGAUAUUAUUUUAAUUUUUAAUGAAUUCUUUUGUGGAAUGAUAGUGGAAAGCAGCAUUUCAGCCACUUUUUGCAGCCUCUUGCUCCUUAUCCCUGACUGUACUGUACUUGCCUUCUAUUUUCACAAUUUUCACUCGAUGUUUUGCUCCCCCUUCAAGACUGGACAGUAAUCAGCAAACUGACAUCCACAAUAGUGAAAGCAUUUUUUUUUCCAAAAAAGAUAUUGUGUUUUAUAUGUGUUCUUUGAAUUGUGUGUAUUUGUUUUCAUUUUCCACUUUAGCAUUUAUGAACAAUAAAGUGCUGUAAUUGUGCUUCUCAGACA